GCAGGCGCGCGGGCCAUGGCGGAGCCUCUGAGGAGAACCUGGUCCCGGCUGCGGGGCAAGCGCGCCCCGCGCGGGGCCGCGCGUCCGGAGCGGGAGCGCGCGCGGCCCGAGGAGCCCCGCGCUCCCCCCGCGCCGCUCGCCCCCGGCGGACCCGAGGGCGAGGACGCGGGCCCGGCCGCCCCCUGCGCGCGCUCGCCCCGCGGCCGCGGCCGCGGCAGCAGCCUCGGGCCCCCGCUGUCCCGGCGGUCCAGUCCGGGCGGCGGCGGGCUGCGGGAGGCGCAGGGCCCGGAGCUGGAGCAGGAGGACGGGGACUACUAUGAGAACUUGCCCGGCCCCGAGGGCGAGGGCUGGGGCGAGGGCUCGGCCGCCCCCGCCGCCGCCGCCGCCGCCGCCGGCGGCUCCUCCCCAGGGGCGGGAGGCGGCCGCCUGGCGGGGCCCUGCGCUGCAGCUCCAGGAGGCCCCAAUUUACCAUCCAGGCCAGCCGACCUGCAGCAGGUGUCCCCGCCCCAGGCGCCGUGGCCGGGGCUAGAAGGACCUCGGCCGCCGACUGCGGCUCCUCCUCCGCCCUUCCCUCCCCUCGCCCUCUCCCCCUGCCCCCCUGCUCCCCCUUCUCCCCCUCUCCCCGCCCCGCGGCUUCCCCCUCCCCGGACGCGCAGCCUGGACGUUCUCCGGGUCCGUGCCCGGCCGCCGCUGCAGAGGUGGUGCAGCGACAGCGCGGUCCGGUACGGCGCGCGGCCGCCCCCUGCGCCGUCCAGCGGAGCCGGCCGAGAGCGAGGCGCUCCUGAGCCACGUGGAGGGGCGAUGGAGCGCGCGGGGCCGGGCUGCUCCUCCCGCGCGGGGCCGGCCGGCUGCCUGGGUUUGCUGCCUUCGGCCAAGGGGAGCGGGGCGAGGGCGGGCGGCGCGGUGAGCCCCGGGAGCGGUCCGGCCGCGCCCCUGGGGAUAUCCCGAAGCAAAGGGGACGGCCCCGAGGGUCCCUUCUUUAAGCCACCCGUGGUCACUGUGAAGAAGCUGCAAAAGUGGAUGUACAAAGGACGCUUGCUGUCUCUGGGAAUGAAGGCGCGCGGGAGCGGGUCUCCGUCCCCCAAAGCCCUUGACCCUCGGGCAGCCCCGCAGUGCCUUGGAACGCUGAAAAUGCAAGAGAGCAAAGCCCGCGGCGUCCCUGCGGACCAAAGAAUUAUGCUGACAGAUUUAAUUGAAAAUGUUUACAUCUCUUCAAUGAAGAAAGGAGAACUCAAAGGUUUAAAGGACAAUGGCCUGAAUGAACAGAGACCACACAACAGCAUCACAGUCUCUAAGAAACGUAACUGGCUGCAUCAGAGCACUCUAAGGUCUCCUGAUCUGGAAGAAGAAUUCAAGAAGACACCAGAGAUCACCCACAUAUUCAAAUCUCCUUCAUUAGUUCACCAUCAAAAACCAAAAACUGCAAAUUUUACAAACUCUUCAUUCAAUUCAAAAAAUUAUAGUUUAGAAUUUAGUGAGGAAAAUGAUGCAGACGAUGAAGGUGAAAUAUGGUAUAAUCCAAUUCCUGAGGAUGAUGACCAUGUCUUGUAUAGUGUUGCUAGUUCUAAGGAAAUAAAAUCUGUCAGUUUGGGUAUUUCAGCUCUCACUUUGAAAGUGUCAUCUGGAAAUGACUUGGCAAAACCAGUGAGGAAUGCUGAAGGUUUGCCAUUUUCUUCUGAACAUAUAAAUGUUCAGAUAACACAACCAACUGAAAUUAAUCAGGUAGAUGCCAUGUUUUCUACAGAGUUUGUAGAGCUGAACAAGCAGAAGUUUGGAUGUAGGACCCAAGAUAGUUCUCUUGUUGAAGAAAAUCUUACUUUAAAAUCAAUUACAGGUCCUGGAAUCCCAGUUGCUACAAGUAAGUGUGAAUUAAGUACAGCUGAAGCUGUACUACCUCCAAGCCCUAACCCCGUGAAAAAAAGUGGCUCAAUCAAUUGGUCUUUUCCAGAUAAAAUCAAAUCUCCAAAAACUGUAAGAAAACUUUCAAUGAAAAUGAAAAAAUUACCUGAACUUAGCCGAAAAUUAAGUGUCAGGGGAACCUUGGGCCACUUACACAGUUCACACAGCCCCUCUUCCUUGUCAAAAUGUAACUGUCAGGGGAGGAGCCACACAGUCACUUUUCCUUCUGGGAAUACCACUCCUGCUGCACAGAGAAACGUGAUAAGCCGGUACCACUUGGACAGCAGUGUCUCUUCUCAGCAUAGCUUCCCAAAGGAGAAUUCCACAAGUUCUAAAUCUACUUGCAAAGGUGGUUAUCUUAGUGAUGGAGAUUCACCUGAGCUUAUAAUUAAAUCAGGCAAACGUGGAUCUGAAAACAAACAUUUGAGAGGAAAGGAAAUAUUUCCAAAUGGUAUCAACAAAACAGAAAUAGACAUUGAUGCAUUUAGACAUUACAGCUUUUCUGAUCAACCCAAAUGUUCACAGUAUCUCUCUGGACUCAUGAGCGUGCAUUUCUAUGGAGCAGAGGAUUUAAAACCACCACGGAUGGAUUCAAAAGAUGUCUUUUGUGCAAUUCAGGUAGAUUCAGUCAACAAAGCAAGAACAGCAUUGCUUACUUGCCGGACAACCUUUUUAGACAUGGAUCAUACCUUCAACAUAGAAAUUGAAAAUGCACAGCACUUAAAGUUAGUAGUCUUCAGUUGGGAACCAACGCCAAGAAAAAAUCGUGUAUGUUGUCAUGGGACCGUUGUCCUCCCCACCUUGUUCAGAGUGACAAAGACACAUCAGUUGGCUGUCAAACUUGAGCCCAGAGGACUUAUUUAUGUGAAAGUGACUCUUAUGGAACAGUGGGAGAAUUCUCUUCCAGGCCUAGAUGCAAAUCGAGAACCAGUAAUAUUUGGGGUAGAUGUUCAAAAAGUUGUGGAGAAGGAAAAUGUAGGAUUGAUGGUGCCACUAUUGAUGCAGAAAUGCAUUAUGGAAAUCGAAAAGAGAGGCUGCCAGGUAGUAGGCCUAUACCGAUUAUGUGGUUCAGCAGCAGUCAAGAAAGAACUUCGAGAAGCCUUUGAGAAGGAUAGCAAGGCUGUUGGUCUGUGUGAAAAUCAAUAUCCAGACAUAAAUGUAAUCACAGGUGUUCUUAAGGAUUAUUUGAGAGAGCUUCCUUCUCCUUUGAUAACCAAGCAACUCUAUGAGGCAGUGUUAGAUGCCAUGGCUAAAAAUCCUUUGAAAAUGACUGGAAAUGGUUGUGAAAAUGACCCAAGUGACUCUAAACACACUGUGGAACUUUUGGAUUGUUUGCCUGAUAUUGAAAAGGCAACCUUGAAGAUGUUGUUGGAUCAUUUGAAAUUAGUGGCUUCUUAUCAUGAAGUAAAUAAGAUGACCUGUCAGAAUUUAGCAGUGUGUUUUGGGCCUGUGUUGCUGAGUCAAAGGCAAGAGACUUCACCUCAUAACCACAGAGUCUUUACUGAUUCCAAAGAACUUGCAAGUGCUCUGGAUUUCAAAAAACACAUAGAAGUUCUUCAUUACUUACUCCAGCUGUGGCCAGUGCAACAUUUAAAUAUCAAAGAAUCAACAGACAAUUUGUUCCCAGAGCAGAAAUCCCUGAAUUGUUUGAGACGGAAGAAGCAGCGACCACAUAUGUUGAACUUGAGUGGCACUCAGGGGUCAGGAGUGCUUAGGCCACGGCAAGCCAGAUUAGACAGCCCCCUGAGUAAUCGCUACGCAGGAGACUGGAGCGGUUGUGGAGAGAACUACUUUAUUAAUAACCCGAAAGAAAAUGUGAAUGAAGUGGAUUAUGAUGAUGUUCCUUCAGAAGAUACAGAAAGUGGGGAAGACUACAGCAAAACCAAAGGACCUGAUAAAGUAGUUGAAGAGCCAAAGCCCAUCUCCAAAGAGUGUACAUUUCAGACGUACUUGGCCAUGCAGACAAUAGAUUCUUCAAUGGAUCGAAAAGUUAAUCUCAAAGAUUUACAAGAAAGUAUUGAUAUUUUAAUUGGAAACUUAGAGCGGGAGCUCAACAAAAACAAGCUCAAUAUAAGUGUUUGAUUUUUAGGGAUAAUUUGUGUGAUAUCCCCAUGGUUCUUUUCUCCUUCCCUCCUCCUCCUCCUCUUGCUGAUGUUUAUCUCAUUUUUAAUAUGUUUUAAUAAUUCCUGCUUAACUUAUGCGGUACAUUUAGACAUUCCAACUCAUCUCUAUUCAAUGCAAAAUUAUGGGGUCAGAUAACUUAAGCUUUCUGUGAAUGAGUUUCUAAUAUUUCUUGUCAGAUAUUAUUGAUAUUGAUGAGAAGAAUGCACUUAUAACAUUCAUAAAUGUUGUCUGAGGUUAGCCCCUUCUAGCUUGUGCUUCGUGGAAGUAGCCCUGCUUUUUCCUGAAGCAUUACAAUUGAAACAGACAUUCCUUUUGGAGGAGAGCGUUUCAACUGCCUAGCCAGUAUUUGGCAGCAAGAAUUGAUGUAGAUUGAUUCACCAUUGGGUCACAUUUCAUUUGCAAUGCAAAGGCUGCUAUAAUAAAAAAAUCUUUUAUAAAUAAAAGUUAAAUUGUAUAAAUAUUAAUGUAUUCCUGUAUUAACAUUUUCAAUAAUUAUUUAAAUGUGCAAAAGUGAAAUAUUUUUCUAACCCAAAAAGUUUGUGUAUAUUUAUAUAAGUACAUAUGUGUAUAGUUAUUUGGAAGGGGGCACCAAAUAGUCAGUUGUGUCAUAAGAAAUAUGUCAUGAGGCCAAAAUCAGAAUUUACUCCAAAAUAUCCUCUUUUUUAGGAGAUUUGUAAAGUGUAGAUUAAAAGAGGAAUUUGUGUAGAAACUUGUGCCAAAAAUGACACAGAAUGAUAAUUAUCAUUCAUAACUUACCUAAAUAGGUAUUUAUCUCUAGCAUCCCCUUCAGAGAUCAACCAAUGAUAUAAUAAAGACAUAUUCUGAAUGAAUUGUAAAUAAUUUAAAUUUCAAAUUUUUUGGUUAUUUAAAGAAUUUGUUGGAUAGUUGGAUUUCAGCUUUGGGCUUUAUUUUCUUCAAUUCUUUCAUCUUGAUGUUGAGAAUUUAGGAAUUGCCCAUAAUUAAUCCUAAAAAUUAUGACAACCUUGCUGAGAAAUUCUUAUCAGUUCUAUGCAUUUGAAAAAUUUCAGCUUGGUGUUUAAGUUAUUUAUUUACAUUAGUACAUUUACACACUGACAAUAUUACCCCUUUUUCCUGAAGGAAACUCUAGCAUCCUAAGCUUUAUUAAUUUUCAUUAACUUAUUUUGGCUUUAUGAAUCCAGAAAACAGUUGCUACUACAAUGAUUACAAGUAUGUUUUAAAAUGUAAAUGUAGGUUGAAACUUUUUAUCAGUAAAUCAAAGUGUAUUUUUUUAAACUUUUGUACUUGAGAUUAUGCAAUUUUAAAAUUAAAGGCAAAUAAAGUUUGAAUUGCCAAUGAGUCUAAAAGGCCUUAUAACCCUUUAAAAAUUCUCUAUAUUUUCUACAUUGAAAUAAAUUGGUCACAUGUUCUGAUGAGAGAUGUACCUUGGUAAUCAUAAACCUUGCUUCUUAUCUGGGAAUCAUUGAGUUUUUAAUAUCAGAUAAACUGGGCUAUUUUUGUAACCAAGUCAUCAUUUGUAACACACUAUCAAGAAAUUUCUGGUUGUGUUGUCUGCAUAUAUUAAAUAUUCACGGAAAUAUUCUAUUAAAUGCUCUACAAAAAAAGA